AUGUCGGAUGAGUUUCAGAGAUAUCCCAUGGUGACUGCCUUGGACCUACGCGGGCGCAACGAGAGGCCGCGUAGGGUCAAAAUGUUGAUGAGGGACUUCAUAGAAGACAGUCUAUACAACCCAACCUACGGCUACUUCUCGAAGCAAGUCGUCAUCUUCACACCAGGAGAACCUUUCGACUUUCCUUCGUUAUACGAUGAGCUUGACUUCCACUCACUCUUGUCCCGCCGCUAUGUCGAGUUUGAGAAUGCCAUGGAUGCCGUGUCUCCAAGCGACACCCGCCAGCUGUGGUACACACCCACCGAGCUGUUCCGCCCCUAUUACGGAGAGGCAAUCGCACGCUACCUCAUCGCCAACUACAAGCUCACCACCUACCCCUACCAUGACCUAAUCAUAUACGAGAUGGGUGCCGGCCGUGGUACCCUCAUGCUCAACAUCCUCGACCACAUUCGCGACGUCGACCCCGCCGUGUACGACCGCACAAAAUACAAGAUCAUCGAGAUCAGUACCCAGCUCGCCACCAUCCAAAACUCCCAGUUGAAGCAGUCCUUUGCCGCCCGGGGCCACGCCGACAAGGUGGAAAUCAUCAACCAGUCCAUCUUCGACUGGACCAACCCGGUCCCCUCACCCUGCUUCUUCCUCGCCUUCGAAGUCUUCGACAACUUCGCCCACGACAUCCUCCGCUACGACAUGGAAACCCAGAAGCCGCUCCAAGGCAUGGUUCUGAUUGACGAAAACGGCGACUUCUACGAGUUCUACACCCCCCAUCUGGAUCCCGUCGCUGCCCGCGACGGCCUCAUACCCGUCUCCACGCCAAUGGUGCACCAGGGUUACUUCGACAUCAUGUUCCCCACCAACUUUUCCACCGCCGAGGCCACCUACCAGGCCAUCACGGGCAAGCUGACCCGCGUGCUCACCCACGAGGAGUUCAUGCGCAGGUGGGCGUACCUCGAGGAGACCGAGACGCAGAGCGGCGAGAACCCGCUCCUGACUUGGUAUAAGAAUGCCAGUGUGAUGUUCACUGUAUAA